AUGCUACCUCCCACUCUCAGAUACGGCAGGCGACAAGCUGUUGGACGAUUACUACAGCAAUGGAUCGAAUGCCCAGAAUCUGACCCAUCUGUGGGAAUAUGUCCAAUUCUGCCUUCUACGCUGAAAUUUAAAGAUCUCAAGAAGGCCAAGCAACUUGAAAUAGAUACGGACAUGAAUCCUUAUGUUCCACUCCAGAUCGAACCCGAAUUUGCAGAUCUCGAAAUAAUGGGACCAACCGGCGGGGCGUGGGAGAAGAUCGCCAUUGAUGAACCUAAUGCUCCACCAGACCCUAAAUACUCGGACAUUCAUGUCUGGGAAGGGCAAGUUGCACCUGGGGUUUUAAUUGUGGAAGAAAUAAAGAAAACACCCGGUUUCUUCAUGUCCGAAGUCUGCCAGGCUAUUUACCAGAACAACUUCCCGAUUGAUACAUUGAAGUAUGUCUAUAUGAUCGAUGUUUGCAAUACGGAUACCCGUUCGUUUGUGAGGAACGAGCUUUAUACCGAAUUCAACGGCCUCACUUUGUCAGAUGACCAGAUACAUGACUGGGUAUCUGGAACCCCGGAAUUCGAGGCGCUGCUAGGGACAAAGCUCGGACAGACUGUGGCACAUUUAAUUUUGGGGGCCUUUAAACGUGGAACUCGCCGGAUUUCACGAAUCAGAAUCUAUGAGACGUUUGAGGCAUUGCAGUUGCAGUUUGCCAUUGAGGAGAUUGAGCAGAUUGUUCUGACUUACGACCCUAUUCAGAGCCCUUCGGCUCGUAGUACAAGGUCGACAUCGCGCCGCCAGCGAAACGUCGAAUCAAGGAAGCGCAAGGUGGACUGGGAUGAAGAGACUGAAGUGAAGAAAGUUUGGAGGCAAUGGUAA